UCUUACUAUGUUUUACUGUGACAAGGCAGAGGAGAAAUGGACUAAUUGUCUUCAUAAUCGGCGUUAUCAGACGGCUGAUUAGGACUUGCAUUCCACUGUUUUUCAUCAUCAUGUGCCUGUACGCGCUUCAGCCAUUCGUCACGGGUCCCAACACGAAGGCGUUCUUCCAAGACCUGCACAAGGAGGUCGCCUCUCAUUGGUGGCACUUGCUUCUACAGAUCCGUAAUUUCGAUGGAAUCAGGGAACGGGAUGUCAUACCGCACGUGUGGUACCUGUCGACGGAUUUCCAGCUGUUCGUCGUCUCUCUUGUCACACUGCUGAUAUUCAAACGGCACAGGACACUUACAGUCGGAGCAUUCGCCCUUCUGUCUCUACUGGGCUGCAUUGCUGGAACGUUCGUCGCUGCAGCCUUUCAGCUGCCGCCGUUUAUGAUCUUCCCAGGGUCGAGUGCGGACAUCAUGCUGCGAACUCUCAACGAAUACUACAUCCGGCCCUACUACCACGCCGUGUGCUACUUCGGCGGCUGCAUGACGUACCUCGUCUUAGACGACUUCAAGGAGAGGAAGAUAUCCAAGUGGUUCCAGCAGGUUUGCUGGUACGCGUCCGUGGCCUGCUGUCUGUUCUGCGUAUUUGUGAAGUUCGCCUGGUACAGAAGCCCGAACCCCGUGUCAACGGGCGUGGCCCUCCUUGCGGCAUUCUUGGACCGCAUCCUCUGGACGCUCUUCCUAGUAUGGAUCACGCUGGCGUGCUCCACGGGGCGAGGCGGGGCUCUAUCGAAGCUGCUAUCUUGGAAUGCUUACGUGCCGCUGAGCAAGCUUUCCUUCGGUGUCUACCUCAUCCACGUGCCUUUCCUCCACCUGUUGUUUCGCGCGUCCAGGGAACGAAUGUUCUGGUCGAUUUUCAAUCAGCUCACGUUGCUGUUUCUUCUGCUCGUCUGGAGCUUCUUGCUCUCCUAUUUAUCUUUUCUCAUUUGCGAGGCACCGACAGCUGCUCUCGAGAAGUUGUUGUUCAGCAGGCUAAUUGGAGGAGGAGAACGAAGAGGAGAAGGAAACUCGGAAAAGGCACAACCUGAAAACAAUCACGGCGGUAGCGACGUCAAGAAACCGGAUAUUGCAGAAGACAGCGUCUUCUCUCGCUGCUAAGCGGACAGCAAGCAUGAGACGUGACGUCUGCUUCUCCACUCAUUGCGAGCCUCUAUUCAUGCACGAAAUAUUGUGGCAUAGCAAGCGCGUAACAUCCUAAGCGGAAGCAAGCGAAGCAGUGCGCAUGUUCCUCGAAGUCGGCCAUUUAUUAGCGCCAUUGACAUGGCGACUUUGGCGCGGACACUAAUGAGGCCGAUGUUACGGGUCGUACUGGCACCUUGUUGUGACGCGACGGUAGGUAGCCACGACGGAGGAGGUGGAGUUAAGAAAGGCGGAGAAGUUGAGUACCCUUCUUUUGCCUAGUUACAGGGGAACUUGUGAGGGAAUACAAGCUACGUGUCUUGGUCGUGUUCACUCUAACUGUUGCUGGACACCCGGCAGCACAGUGAAGAAUCAUGCAUGAUUUCUCUGACCUUGUGAACUAUGUCUUUGUCAGCACCUUUGUUUAUCAGCGGUAAACCAAAGUGCUUGUGGUUUGCGUGAUAUUGAGAUACUCCAGGGCUGCAGUCCUUAACUAGCACGUUAGAGAAGCCCAGGUAGUCAGAAGGAAUCCACAGCCUUCCACUACAACGUGUGCCUCAUUGCUUUUUUCGUUUUCUAUAUUUUGCCGGCUGCUAGUUCAUGAUCAUCAACAUUCUUUUUUCAUUUCAUCGAUUGCUAUGUGCUAAUCUUUGUUGAAACUGUUCUUGUUCGCGCUUACCCGCAGUGUUUUCAGUUUAUCUGGAAUAAGCGUUUAGGAUGUGAUUGAUUUUUGCUGACUUCUGCUUUUUUCCACUAUGUUAAUCUCCCAUCUGUACCUCAUCUUUUUGUUUCACUGUUAACCACUUCCCCUUUCGCUGUCAAAGUGCAGUUGGCAGUAGUGUAUAUAUAUAAGCAAACAAACAAAUAAAUGAACAAAUGAAUAAAGACAUAAUGUGUGAACACAUGAAGAAGCUUACAGAUCU